UAUGUACUGCUAGCAACAAUUACGUGCGUGCCAUUACUGACCAUUUGGCCAAUUUGCCGCACCUAAGUGCAGCGUCGAAACUCCACCGCCCCAAUCUGCUGCAAAGUUCCCUUCUUUAGUACUACUACUAAGCUUUCCUUUUCCCCUCUUUCUCUAUCUUCAUUCUUGCACAUUAUUGUGGGGUUCAUCCAAAUUGAAUGGCUAAUCAAUCUCUGAAGCGCUUGCUCAAGAAUAUAGAUUUCAGCAUUGGUAUAUCGAGGAAACAGGUGGGCAAUCAGAAAUUUGUCUACAAUAUUUUUAGCCGGUGUCAAUCAAAUAGUUCAAACACAGAUGGGCAUAAUAAGCCUGAAGAAAAGAGCAUAACGCAUGGUCCAGGGCGUAGUAAAUAUGAUCUUGACAAUGAUGAUUUUAAUGAUAAUAAGUGGAAAUUAGAGCUAGCUUGGCUGUCUAAAGCUGUUGAGCCCGCGGUCCAACUCUGCAGAUGGGCUUUGUCAACAGGAAAUGGAAACGGAGACAAACUUCCACCGACCAAUAAAUCUCUUGCGGAGAUAUUUGCCAGCAUUCAACGUAGUAAAUUGGGACUUCAGGAUUGGAGUCUCACGGAUCUUACCAUAGGCCUAUAUCUCAUAUAUCUUCAGCAAGCAUCCACCAGUCCUAUUGAGGAUGUUAAGGGUGAACAGAUACACUCUGAUUUGAUAGUUCAAGAUCUCAUCUACCACACUGAACUGGCUAAGGGUGCUUAUAAAGAUUGCACUACAGCUCUUGCAAGGAAUUGUAUGCUCCGGGAAAGUAAUGUUGUCAAAUUCAUAAAGAAUUCCAGUGUGUUGAGGCCUGGAUAUUAUAUAGGAAUUGACAAACGGAGAAAGCUUGUAAUUCUUGGAAUUCGUGGAACUCAUACAGUAUAUGAUCUUAUAACUGACAUUGUAUCUUCAAGUCAUGAAGAAAUCACGCUUGAGGGUUACUCCACACACUUUGGAACUGCUGAGGCUGCUCGUUGGUUCCUUUUUCACGAGAUGGGCACCAUAAGGAACUGCCUUGAGAAACACAAGGGAUUUAGGUUAAGGCUUGUUGGUCAUUCCCUUGGAGGUGCAACAGCUUCAUUGUUGGCUAUCAUGCUUCGAAAUAUGUCGGUCCGAGAACUUGGUUUUAGUCCUGACAUUGUUUCAGCAGUGGGAUAUGCAACGCCGCCAUGUGUUUCUAGAGAACUUGCCGAAAGUUGCUCUGAAUAUGUCACAACAGUGGUAAUGCAGGAUGAUAUAAUUCCACGGUUAAGUACCGCCUCACUCACGAGACUUAGGAAUGAAAUUCUUCAGACUAACUGGGUGAGUGUUCUUCAGAAGGAAGACUGGAGAGGUGUCGUAGACUUGUUUACAAAUGCAAAGCAGGUCGUAUCUUCUGUGCAAGAUGUAGCUCGGAGACUUGCUGAUUAUGCUCAAUUACGUGGCCAAACUAAGCACUCUGGGUCUACGGUUCCACGUGUUCCUAAUACCUCGAACUCCAAAGGCAAUACAUCUUCUAUUGUGAAACAGGAAGGGGAUGUUGAGUUGUUUGUGCCCGGAACUCUUUAUAUUUUGAAGAGGAAUGCAAAUGCAAGAAGCAAAGGUAACAGCACGGAAUGUUUCACACUUUGGAAGAGACACUCAGGGGAGCAUUUUCAGAGGAUUUUGCUAUCAAAUAACAUAAUUUCUGACCACAAGUGUGAUAGCCAUUAUUAUGCAUUGAGAGAUGUUCUUAAAGGUUUGCCUGGUUCAAGCGAUGAAGCUGUUUUCCGAUGAAUAAAUUUCAGAUAUUUGCUCUGCCCGUGUAAAAUAAUGGUCGCAUUAGUUCAGUGGCGGGAGCUUGCUGCUACCCUCUAGAAUAGUCGAGGUGCGUGCAAGCUGUCUCGUACCAAAAAGAAAAAAAAUAAUGGUCUCGUCAGUUGCUUUACAGGUGAAACAUUUACAUUGUCCUCAAAUAUUGAAGGUAAUAAUUUUAGCUCAAGUGGCAUAGUGCCUAUUUCGCCACUGUUUUGAAUCUCAUAACCGAGGUUCAGAGAUGAGAAUUGUUGUAAUUUUCAGCUUAUAAAUUCUUCUUUACUGUAGUGUUGGUUCGAUUGGUGAUACCAUAAUACGAGGACGUCUUCCUGUA